CCGUCUACAGUGGAGAAAACUACAGCUUGUCGCCGAGUCACUGUGAUUAUUACAAAACACAGAAAAUGUUAUUUGCUUCCGUUGAUUCUGCUUUAAAAAACGUUUAGACGAUCAAAGGAUGAAUAUUUACAGGUAAUUUACGCCUUGAAGCCUUUCUAGUCGAGCUGAUAAUGCUUAAAAUGAAGCUGCCCAUGAGAACGGCGGAGGCAGGAGGAGACGAUACGGCCGAGGAACAGCCCGAUCUCCAUAUUCCAAGAUCGGUCUCCGACAAGCCCGAAGGUUCCUCCAGACACCCAGGAUAUCCAUCUCAAUUGGAUAAAGAGACCGUUUUCGAGUGGUUUGGUUUGCAUUUAAAUCCUGCCAAGCGGAUCGAGUUUAUGUGCGGACUGCUGCAUAUGUGCCAGCCACUUGAGCUCCGGUUUCUGGGCUCCUGUCUGGAAGACCUGGCUCGGAAAGAUAACCACGUUCUACGGGAUGUCGAGAUAAGGGCCAACAAUCCGAAUGAUUUGGCCAUUUUAUCAGAUGUCAUCGACCCUGUCGUGCGCUCCAAACUGCUGGUCUGCUUGUCUCUUCUGGGAUCUGACAGCAGGGAGUGUGCGGGAAUACUAUUUCGGAUAUUGAGCCAUGUGGAUUCCUCCUUGUUAUACAAAAACUAUGGCUAUUCUGUUUCGCCCUUCAAGGACUCUCAACAUCACCCGUUCCAUUCUCCGUGUGUGGACGGGAAAGCGUUCGGGAGAACAGAACAGAAUUGCGGGCUUCCAAUGGAGGCAGUGAUCGGACCCUUGGAACAGUUGGCGCUGCUUUUUACUAUGGCCUCCUUGCAUCCAGCGUUCCCGUUUCAUCAAAGAGAAAAAGUUAUAGAACAGCUGGACAAAAUUCAACUUGCUAUAGAGGACGAGAGACAGCAGAAUCAGCGCAGAAUAAACGCCCAGCACAACAAGGCCCAGAAAGCAGAGGAGCAUGGCCCAGCAGCAGUCACCAUCGAGGCCAGUCUGGGUGAGAGGACCCAGGCACAGGGACAGGCUCGCCACGCCAGCCAGACACCCCCCAGCAGAAGGGCCCAAAGGGAAGCCGUGCAUGUAGAGAAGAUCGUGUUGAAGGGGAUCUCACGGAGGAGGAUAGACAGGGAAUACAAUUUUGUGGUAACGUGGUCCGACUCCUCAUCCAGCAAUGUCACCAAAACACAUCUUGAACUGGAAAGCUUCUUGCUGAAGCAGCUUCCGAAGGAGCAGUCCACCGAGUCAUUUGAAAAGGGCAUCCUCCGGCUACUCAACCAGGGAGACCAGUACGAGAUCAGGGAAGUGGAGGGGAACCUCAAGGAGAAGUUUCUGUCGGCUCCACAAGCUUUCCGACAGACAAGCAAGGUCUGUGGCUUCUUCCUGUGUGAGUCCUCCUCCUCCAGCCCCAGCUGCAGCAGAUUUAACCCUGUGGCCCUACGGAAGCCAUACAAAGAGGACUGCUCAGAGGCAUCCAGCCAGGAGGAAGGUGUGUAUUUGGAGCCGUACGUUCAGGGGCACCGGAAGAAAGAUGGCAGCAAGAGCCCCAGCCUUAACAUUCCCAAUGCCAAAAGUUCCCAGGGGGAGAGCAGUCGGAGGGGGCCCCACGGCUCGGAGCACAACGGCCUGACAGACUGGAGGAGGAAGAGCUGUACGCUCAAACCCAACCAAGACACCUCUGGGGGGCUGGGCCCAGAGCAGCAUCAGGACAGUGAAAAGAGGAGCAGCCACCCUGCCACCAAGAGCAAGCCACGAGCACUGGGACCAGACAGGGAAAAGGGGAAGAAAGGAGAAGGAAGAGCUGCCUACUUGACGAACGGGAGCAUAGUGCCUCUGGCUUCUCAGCGAACGCGACAAUCGACAGGGAAAGGUUGUGUGUGUCCAGACGGUCAUCUAGUCGAAGGCUCCAGUCAGGACGUGUACGGAGACACCUCGUCUGAGAGCUACAGCUCCCCCUCCAGCCCCCAGCACGAUGGACCAGAGAGCCUGGACAGCGAGGACGAGAAGGACAAAGAUAGUCACUCAGACGACUCUAGCAGCCAGGGUAGAGCGGACGCCUUCUUCCCCUGCCAGGAGGUUGCAGUGGGGGGCUUGCCCACCAUCCACCCCCUGGCCUCUGUCAAGCCUGCUGGGGAGCCCCUUUGCCCCGAGACCAUCCCCAACUUUCCCCCCAUCACCUUUAUGCAACCCCUGCCAUACAUACUGCCCAACGGAGCACUGCCCGCCAAUGCCUCUCUGCCAGUCCUGCCUCCUCCUCAGGUGGCAGCGGCCCUGGUAGACAACAAGGUUGUAGGAGGACUGAUCAUGCAGGUGCCCCUGGUCCUCCGAGAGCCCAUGCCCACCCCAGUGCCAGUUCCUGUGCCAGGGGACACAGAAAAGAGGGAUGCCCUUGGUGCAGUGCCUGUGCUGCUUCCAGGGUUUGGCUCCCCCACCCUGGGCUUGCACCCCCCUGGCAGCCCUGCCCUGCAGCCCCUAAUCCAGCGCUUCAAAACAGCCCCUCAUAAGGCAACUGUCACUUCCGAGGGUGUCACCGCCUCCUCUGCCCACCACCCUCCGGUUGGAGCCAUCAGCGUCAUCGCCCAAGGCCCACCCUACGCCUCACCUCUGCAGCCAGCCUACCCCGACCCUGCCGCCAACCCCCUAACCCCCUCUGUACCCCUAGGGGAGCCUAGCAUCCCUUAUGCCAAGCACCCAGGCAUGGCUCUUCCCUCAGGCCUGCCCUCUCCAUACACCAUGCCCCCCAUCCCCACCUCCAUCAUGGCAACGCUGGGGACAGGGGUAGCCGGAAUAGGGGUAGUGCCCACAGCUGGACAGGUUCAGGCGGUGGUGCCCCCAUCCGUGCCCACCCACAACCCCGGUCCUGUGCCCAGCCCCAGCCCUGCCCUCACCCACAGCACGGCACAGAGCGACUCCACCUCCUACAUCAACAGCACCAGCUGUGCCAGUAACCUCGUCGCCCAGAAACAAGCGCAACCACCACAACAACAACAGCAGCAACAACAGCAGCAGCAGCAGGCGACUCCCCAGCAACAGCCCAUGUGCUGCGGGGCGUGCGGUUGCCGGGGAGGCUGCGGCACCAGCAACAACAGCCACACAGCGCCUUCAUUCUUCUUCCCCCACCAGAUGCCGCCGCGGCAGGUGUUCGGUGUGCCGCCCAUCUUCCAGCUGACGUCCCUGUGCAACAGCAGCUACCUCAGCCAGCCUCCCCCCCAGAGCAACGGCCAGGCCCAGCUGCCCUUCUUCCCAUCCACCCCGGUCCCCUUCGCCAGCCAGACCCUGCUGCAUACGCACCCCCACUCCCACUCUGACCACCUACUGGGCACACAGCAAGGCUACAGCCUCCAGCAGAUGGCACCCUACAACCGCUUCUACCCGCACAUGUACCCCUCCAGUGUGGGCAUGGUGCCCGGGGCGGGAGGCGGAGGUGCACUGGGGGUAGCAGUCGGCGUCAACAAAAAGAACGCCAACGUUUCGUGCUACAACUGUGGGGUCAGUGGCCACUACGCACAGGACUGCAUACAGCCCUCCAUUGACUCGACACAGCAAGGUGGCUUUCGGCUGAAGUACGCCGCCUCCCAUUCUUCCGAAGCACUAGACAACGCCGACUGAAGAUGUCUUCUCGUUCCGCCAUCUUGUUUGUCACGAGCGGUCAAAGAGACCCCUCCAUUUCAAGAGAGCAUCACUUGAUGUUUCCCUGUCAUUAACCAGGUUUCCAUCCAACCUUUUUAUACGAGUAAAGUACAUGUCGGAUAAAAAAUGUAAUGACAGGCCUGA